CAUUGUUUACGUCCUGUCAAAGUUAUCAACAAAAGCCUCUCGGUGUGGCGGUGUGAGCCGGGCCGGAAAAAGUAAUGUUUUGCAUUUAAUUUUGUGCAAUUUUCAUCAUUUAGUGACCCACAAUGCUACGAAGGAUUGUGUGCACCAUCGUGCAAAGGCACGGAACCGCUGCACAAUGUGUCGUGCCGGUUGCACGAAUGUCCCAGUACGGGCCACACUUUAUCGAGCCGGUGGUUAGCCGGGAGAAAAUUGAAGAACUGCAAACAACGGGUGAUCUGGCGAAAAUAUCGCACGUACCGGUGAAGGCCGCACUCAACAACCAAAACUGCUCCGUGUUCUACGACCCGCUGGUCAGCCAGUUUACAAAUUAUGUAAUGAAACAGGGCAACAAACAGCUUGCCCGCGAGCUGGUCGAGAAAGGGUUCGAAAACAUCAAGCGACUCCAGCUGGAGCGGUACCAUUUGUCGGAAUCGGAAGAGGAAAAGGCAAAGUUGGAACUAAAUCCAAGGAAGUUGCUUCACCUGGCGGUGGAAAAUUGUCGCCCGCUGCUGCAGCUGACACCGAUCAAGCGUGGCGGCGUGCGGUACCAGGUACCGGUGCCGAUUACCGAAAAGCGGUCGUACUUUAUCGCGAUGAAGUGGUUGCUAGAAGCGAUCCGCGAGAAGGAACGGACGGUACAUUUCCCGGAAAAGAUGGCAUGGGAAAUAUUGGAUGCAGCCGCGAACCAGGGCAAGGUGGUGAAGCGGAAACACGAGCUGCAUCGUCAGUGUGAAGCUAAUCGUGCCUACGCUCACUACCGAUGGAGCUAAGCAGGGCAGUGCCCUUGAGCCCAGAUUUAUGAAGAGUCAAUAAAGAGUAAAAUUAACAAAUA